CAAGGCUACUCUGUGCUAAGCGUUGCCUGUUGGGUAACGGAACCUCUUGACAAAUUAUUGAUUGAAAAACUUUCAGAUUUAUUUGAUAACAUUGUCGAAGAUGAUCAGGUCAUUCAAGUCAUUUCUAUAGCAAAGGCUGACGAAGGUAAAAAUUAUCAGAGUUUUGAAAUCAACGCCCUUAUCAAGGCAAAUAUAGAUAAUGUGAUAAAUAAUAAAAGUGCCCUAAAUUUUAGUAUUGAAUUGAUUGCGUGUGGAGCAAGCGAGAUGCUCAAUAAAAAGUGUCAGUCACUUCAGAAUUGGUUUAUUGGUUUCUAUCUUGAAUCUAUCAUAAUCGAGGUUUCUCCACUUUCUGAUACAAGUAAUAGCACAAAUAGUAACUCAAAUAAUAGUGCAAAUAAUACAUUAGCUUCUUUUAUAUUAAAGAAUGAAUAUAGUCCACUGCGAAUUGGACCAGAAAGAUAUGAAGCUUCGACAGGUCAUACAACGAAUAGUAAUUUUCAGCUUAAUCUUUCAUCGCAAAGUAUUGGUGCAAGCGUAAGCCGCAAUUUGACAUACAGUGAUAGUACAAAGGCAACUAUAUGUGAGUGGGAAAUGAGAGUAGUAAGCGAUCCAAUAAAAGGGGUGAUAUGGCCAUAUAAAAAUAUUAAUGAUAAAAUUGAUCAAAGAAUGUGUCCAGAACGACAACCUCAUUCAGGCAAAUAG